UCGUGGGCGUGGCCACAGUGUGACUUGACACAAUGUGGUUGUUACAUAGAGCGCUGGUGUUUAUUGCGCUCGGAAGCAGAAGCUUGGGCAGAGCGAUGUGUGCGCAGGCCAGCGACUGGAAAAGCGCUAAGAGUAUUUAUGAAUUUUCUGCCAAAGACAUAGAUGGAAAUGAAGUGUCUUUGGAAAAAUACAGAGGCUUUGUAUGCAUCAUCACGAACGUAGCCUCUAAAUGAGGCAAGACUCCAGUAAACUAUACUCAGUUUGCGGCCAUGCACACCACGUACACUGAGCAGGGUUUACGCAUCUUAGGCUUCCCAUGUAACCAGUUCGGAAAACAGGAACCUGGUACCGAAGCUGAUAUUAAGGAGUUUGCGAAAGGUUACAACGCAGAAUUUGACCUCUUCAGCAAGAUCAACGUCAACGGAGACAACGCUCAUCCUCUGUGGAAGUGGAUGAAAGAUCAGCCGAAUGGAAAAGGCACUCUGGGGAACAACAUCAAGUGGAAUUUCACCAAGUUCCUCAUUGAUAGAGAGGGGCAGGUUGUGAAGAGAUACGGACCAACGGAUGACCCAAGUGUUGUUGAAAAGGAUUUGCCAAAAUACUUGUAACUAACUAGUAAAGAUAACUUCAGCAUCUGUCCUGACUGACUGACUUACCGACUAGACGCCUGCGCUCCUGGAGGAUUCUGGGUAUUUUCAGGUUUUUCCCAAAAUAAUGACGGCCUCUCCGUAAACCUGCCUGAAGGUAGGACUGGCCUGAUGACCCCCUUGGUGUGCAAAACCUUCCCCUUGGGAUGCCUGCAUAUACCCAGCUAUUCCUGCGGAGCCAAGACUCACUGAAUUCAGCUUUAUACUGACUGAUGAUCUUCACCGUGUAGUGAUGAAUACUAAUAAUAAUUAGAAGUAAUAGAAGAAGAAUUAAAGUAAUAAAUUAUGAAGAAAUUUG